GUCGAUGUAGUAGAGAAUCUUUGCCUCCACUAAACUGAUAAUGAGAGAGAUAAGUGCGUCCUGUCUAUCGGUGUAGCGUACAGCUGGCCUCAAGGGGGUUAUACAGUAAGCCUGUCCUACAUUGGCGCGGGGAAUAAACAGCUAAAUUUAGCCUCUACUAAACAGCCGGGUCAAAGUUCACAGUUAGCACACGGCAAAGAGUACACAGUCAGGUGAAGGAAGCGGUCAGUGUGCGGCGACAUCCCUCCGCCAACCGUCAACACCCCCACAGUAGACAGUACCGGCAGAGACUAGGUAGAUCUAGACCUAUGUACGGCGUGUGAGGUCACCCGUGUCACCGUCUGUUGAGCUACACCAGAGAGUCUGUAUACUAGCGUAGUUCUAAGCUCUCUAGUUACACCUACUUGGCUAACGUUCCACUUGUGGUUGUAGCUAGUAGCUGGACUGUGCCCUAGUCUAGUAGCUGAACUGUGGCCGAAUCUUGUAGCUGAACUGUGGCCGAGUCUUGUAGCUGAACUGUGGCCGAGCCCAGGCCACCCACUCCCAACAACAGACAACAGGGAAAUCUUUAUUGUUGUACGCACCGGACACUUGUACCUCGACCUACAACUACAGGUUAGGUAGGCGAAACUUUGGAACUUUUCUAAUUGUCAAAGAUUGUGCUUAUUAAAUCUCGACUUUGGAUCACGACACCUCUAGUUGAUUACGAUGGCUUUGGUGGGUGCGUUAGUGGAGUUGUUUACAACGUUGGUUGUCAUUCUGUACAACUACAUGGUGGCUGCAUACUGUCUGUUUGUCCCCCCGGCCAGGAAGCCCAUCCACGGAGAAAUCGUGCUGAUCACGGGGGCCGGCCACGGCAUAGGGCGCGAGUUUGCGCUACAGCUCAGCCAACUAGGCGCUGUCACUGUACUGUGGGACAUCAACAAGACGGUGAAGGAGUUCCUCCCCCCGAUGAUCGCUAAGCAAACGGGCCACAUCUUCAACGUGGUCUCCAUAGCAGGCUUCAGUGGCACAGCUCUGCUCGUAGACUACUGCGCGUCCAAGUACGCGGCCUUGGGCUUCUGCGAGUCGCUGAGGGAGGAACUGGUUCUGGCCGGCCACAAAGGUAUCCACGUCUCUGCCCUGUGCCCGUACUUCGUCACCACAGGGCUGGUGCAGAAGUUUGAGGACAAACUCCAGGCGGCCCGGAACGCUCACGACACGGUUGUCACGGCUGUCGACGGACUCCUCAGGAACCAACAGCUCAUCUUCUCCCCUCCCUCCAUGUGGCUCAGCACCAGGAUAGGGCUUCUGUUCCCACGAACCACGAACCAGUACAUGAAGCUCAAGGCCGGAGCCUCCAUCUACGAGCAGUACUCCAAGAGACAGUAGUGUGAGACAGUGGACCCUGGACACCUGAGGCCCAACUCCGGGCGUGUGAGACGGCGCUGUGGGAUUACCUUGUGCUUGUUGCAGAGCUUUACCCACCGAUUUCAGUGAAAUCGUCCUGCGGUGAACGAAUCUAUAUUUGGAUUUGUCAGCUUUUUGAUACUUUUAAACCAGUGUGUGAUAUUGUUGUGUGACAGUUUGUGUGACCUUGUUGUGAGGUCAGUCUGUGCUAGGGUUGUGCUCAGUCAGCACUUUUGUUUGUUGAUCACUUGUGUUAAUCAGAGGGAGCAUUUAUUGUGUGAAGUACGGGG